GUAUGUACUACGUAUAAAUCAUAUCCUCAUCGACUUUCUAAAGGAUUCCGUACUUCACAGAUAGAAUCGCAGUUGGAUCAGGCCGGCUAUGGCGGAAAAAAAGAAUAUAGCUUCAGCAGCAUUGUUCUUGAUCUUCAUCAUUACUUUCACAAAUGCACCCCAAACCCUGGUAGCCCAAGGAGACAACAAGUGCGGGACUGAAUCCCAAAACCCAUGCACCAACAAAUCCAAAGCCCUUGGCUUGAAAAUCAUAGCCCUCCUAUGCAUACUAUUCGCGAGUGUUAUCGGGGUUUUUCUCCCGCUCGUUACCAGCUCCUUCCCCGCCCUACACCCCGCGGGCGUCGUCUUCACCGUCGUUAAAUCGUUAGCUUCCGGGAUAAUCCUCGCCACCGGAUUCAUGCACGUCUUGCCCGACUCUUUCGACAUGUUGCGGUCGAGUUGCCUCAAUGACAACCCGUGGCAUCGGUUCCCCUUUAGCAGUUUUGUAGCCAUGUUGUCGGCCGUUGUGACCAUGGCCAUCGACUCCCUUGCCACGAGCAUGUAUAGGAAGAAGAACGCCGCCGAAUCUCCCCGGGACGCGGCGAGCCAAAAUGUCGAGAUGGGAUUUACCCCGGCUGACAAAGGAGUCGAAGAGGACACUCAAAUUUCACGUUCUAGAGUGAUUGCCAUGGUAUUGGAGAUUGGGAUAAUAGUGCAUUCAGUGGUGAUUGGGCUUUCUCUAGGAGCUUCAAGUAACACUUGCAGCAUUAGAGGACUAAUUGCUGCCCUCUGUUUUCAUCAAAUGUUUGAAGGAAUGGGACUUGGAGGCUGCAUUCUGCAGGCGCAAUACGGUUUGUUAAAGAAGGCGAGCAUGGCGUUUUUCUUCUCAGUGACAACGCCUUUGGGGAUAGCGGUGGGGAUAGGAUUAUCCAACACAUAUAAAGAGAACAGUCCCCGCGCUCUUAUCACUGAAGGAUUGCUGAACGGAUCAUCCGCGGGCCUUCUCAUUUAUAUGGCUUUGGUAGAUCUUCUGGCUGCUGAUUUCAUGGGCCAAAAGCUACAAGGGAGCAUCAAGUUACAGAUGUAUUGUUUCUUGGCCGUGCUUUUGGGAUGUGGUGGGAUGUCUAUCUUGGCCAUGUGGGCUUAAUUAGCUUGGUUCAUGCCUGCAUGAUCAGUGACCAUGAAGUCUUUUAUUUAUGGUGUAGAAUCUUAGUAAUAAAUAUAUAGUAUAUACUUCCUGUUUAUUUAUUCCCAUUGAAUACAUAGUUUUAGUUUUGUUUCAAUAAUUAUCAUUAGCAAUGUGCCUUAUAUUUAUUCUUAUUUUAAUCUAUUAUGGUCUUGAGUAUUGGGUUUCUUGUAUGACUCCAUCCUGGUCAAAUGUCAUAUUUUGCAGUAGAAUUUCCCUGUCUAGUAAUACACUUUGUAACAGAUAUCAGUGAACCUAUGGUCUUAAAAGCUUGAAUCCUUUAAUUU